AUGAUUACUAAGUUGUUUCUACUAUUCCCCCUGCUAAUUGCACCAGCAACGUGCACUUUGGGAACGCAGGUGAUCAGCUAUGACAACAAGCGAAUGCUGCAGCUUAUCGUGGACUCCAAUGGCACCGUUUCCGAGCAACUUUUCCUGGUGGCAGCCACUUGGGGCAAGCUGAAAGCCGACUAUCCCAAAGACAUAGCCAAAAUCGAGGACUUGGAGGAGACCCUGCAGCUUGUGGUGUGUCGGAAGAAGGGUAACGCCACAAUUCGACAUCAUCUAGAGGGUUAUCUCAUUCGCGAGCAGAUCCGGGAACAUCUGGAAAUCCUAAACAUGACUGAUCUGUUUAAGGAGGCCCUGGAAUCCGAGGAGCAUCAGCUGGGAAAGUGGCAGUUUUCUAUUGGCCAGCAUUCCCGGAAGCUCCAUUGCCUUUUUAAGCCAAAUCAACUGAACAGGAUUCUGGAUAAGGUGAUUCGUCGAGUUUACACUUUGAAGAACUCCAGCAAAUUGGCUGCUUUUCUAUACCAACUUUACGUAUCCGGAAACCGGGAGUCAUAUGUUUCAAUGGUUCAAGCAGAGUUGAUACUCUAUGAACGCUAUAAAAGUGGCGAACAAAAUAGCCAGGAGUUCUCGGCGUACAUGGCUAAGCUCUGGCAGAGCCUCCAACUGGAGGACUUCUAUCCGGGUCUAGAUCAAAACACCAAACAGCGACUCGUGGACGCUAUUAUUGACCUCCUGAAAUUCCUCUGAAUUUUCCAAUCUCUUCAAGACUUUUUGUGAACUUUAUUUUGUGUGCUUUGAGUGUUGUAAUACCUUGAUUUGAAUAAUGUUUUUGCUUGUCUAACAUCUGAGAUAAUUACAUAGGUGAAGGCUUGUGUUCUUUACAUUAAAAUAUCAUGUUGUACAUAGA